CUCUUUAACUACGUAUUAGUUAGUAUAUUUACUUCUUGCGACGGGCCCGUUUAGCUACUAUCGUUACUACCACGGUUCAUAUUUCGCUCUUGAUUCCAGUACCUUCCUCAAAUCCCUGUCCCUUCCAACCGUCGCUCGCAAAAAGACCUCAAUCACAAUGGGUUGGUUACCCUGGUCCUCCGACUCGAAAAAUACCGCUUCCGAUGGAGGCCGCAUAGCCCCCGAUCGGUCCUCUCGACAAAAGUGCUGGGAGGGUCGCGACUUGUUUUUCUCCUGCCUAGAUGACAAUAAUAUCCUGGACGCGAUCAAGGAGGAUAAGGAAGCACGACGGAAAUGUGGGAAGGAGAUUGCGGAGUUUGAGUCGGCUUGUUCAAAGGCCUGGGUCAAAUAUUUCAAGGAAAAGCGGGUAAUGGAAUACAACCGAGACAAGACAAUUGAGCGGAUCAAGAAGGAAGAUGCAGCCAAGGUCCAGGACUUGAAGGCACAGGGAUGGAACCCUCGGUAAAAUGGUCAGUCACUAUGUUGGGAGGGACAGAACAGGAAGAGAACGGGAGGGAUUGAUUCCAAACCAAAUGGCUGUGUAUUACAUACUACUACUACUACUACUACUACUACUACUACU